CGUUGCGAUCUGUCGCUUGGCUUGUUCGCAGAUACAAUAAAACUACAAAAUAAGAGCCGUUUCUUGUUAUCGCUGUCAGCAAGGCGUCCAGGAGCAGCAACUAUUGGACUACUUAACAAACAGGAUUUUAAGUCGAGCGUCAAAAUAUAAUCGUGCGCACCAAAAGAUGGCGACAGUAACGACUGCAAGGGCAACCUCGGCAACUGGGCGUAUGAGUGUUGUAGCCUUAAUUAUUUUUGCUGCGCUGCUGAUGGGCGUAACUGAUGGCAGCAAUGGCUACGUUAGCGGUGGCAGUCCCGCCACCGGUAGACCUUCACUACUACGCACCGAAUUACGCUUUGGGCGCAAUCUGGAUCCAUCAAAGGUGCGCGUGGUGAACGUGAAGUCGAGCCAAGGGGAAGAUGUAGAGAUUCUCGUAGGCAAGAACAGCCGUAAAGCUCGUGCCGAGGAGGCAGCUGGUUCAUUCUUUGUGCGCAGCUCGGAUGUCAAGCGGCCAGCGGAUCAAGCCAGGAGCGCCAAUGCCAAUCCCAGUGGCCGUCAGCUAGUUUUCGAACAUACACCAGCACUGCUGAAGCAGAGUGAACUGGCACUGCAGCAGCAGGACUAUCGUCAACGCAAGGCCGAGGCAGAACAGCGACAGGCUAAGUUUAUACAGCUGCAGCUGGCCAAGGCGCAAAGCAAAGCAUUGGAGCAGCGGGCACUAGACAUCGGGAGCAGUUCGCGAAAUGGACGUCAGCUCGGCAGUAACGCUGCCUGGCAGCCAAUGUAUUUCCAAGCACAGCCCACGGCAUUUAACAACAACUUCUCGCUUGGCAUUGAGCGCCAGUGGCAGCCGUACACCUACGCUGCUCCAGUGGAAGCACAGCCACGCGUACUGCGUCAGGCGCAAGAUACACCAAUCAGUUUUCCCGGUGACCAGCAGUAUGCGGCCUCUGAGCCGCUGGAAUAUUUUAGCCGAGAUGCACGCGCUUAUCCUAACCACAGAUCACGUCCACCACAGAAUCUGAUCACCAAGCACAACUACAACGCCUUGCCUCAGAAAUCGAAAUUUGUCAGCUACAUGCCACAUUCUGUGGUGGUAACGGCCAGUGCAGGCGUGGCUGCACCUUCAGCCACACCUUCACGCCGACCUGCUCAGGCCAGUCCGCAUCGCAACCCCAUUGGCCAGAGCACGCACAACGUCGUCGAUGGCCCCGCAGUCACCCUCAUCGAAGGUGUCCGCGUCCCAGACACUCCCGAGGACAAGGUGAAGACCUGGCGCAACGCGCGUGUGCUCAACAAUCAGCUGGUGCCAUAUCCCGAGGGCUACACGCCGCCACGUGUCCAAAUGCCCAGCUUUGACAGAUAGGCGAGAACAGCGUGUGCUUCAACACAGGCGCACUUAAAAUAUUUCUAUUAUAUUUAUUGAUUUGUUUUAUUGUUAAGUUAUUUAUAAAUGUUACAUUCAA